UCCAAACCCUAACAGAGCGCCAAAAACCUCUCUCUCACUCUCCGGCAAAUGCUUCUGCCGGGAAGGUCGUUCAUUUCCCAUUGACUGAAACAAAUCUACUGAAAGUUAGUGGAAGCUCGAUCGAGAUGGCUUCGGCCUGCGUUAACAACAUCGGAUUGUCGCCGGAAAAGUUCUCUUCGGUGGGUUACUCCUCCUACGGAUGGACGAGUCCUAGAGCAUCGUUAGGCCGGGAAGGCGAGAGUUCCUUCUCAGAGGAACAAUCUCCGGCGGCGGAUUCGCUAUCGAACCAAGAUCCGGUGGACUUCGAGUUCCGGCUUGAAGAUCCGGUGGCAAUGCUCUCCGCCGACGAGCUCUUCUCCGACGGGAAGCUCGUCCCUUUGAAAUUUCCCGGCACGACGCCGGCGAAACCCCCGACGACGACGACAGAGGCGACGAAAUCGUCGGAGAUGGUGAAAUCGUGCCGGAGACUGGAAAUGGAGAUCUCCGGCGUCGAUCAAUACCUCUUCUCUCCCAAAGCGCCUCGUUGCACAACAAGAUGGCGUGAGCUUUUAGGCCUCAAGAGGCUCGCGAAGGCACAGGAGUCUUCUUCCUCGUCGUCACUCAAAACGACGCCAUUGUCACUGUCGUCAUCUUCGACGAACCCUAAAAUGACGACAUUGUUGUCGUCGUCUUCUCCCAACCCUAAAACGACAUCGUUCAAGAAUUUCCUUCACCGGAACUCCAAAUCUUCCCUUGUCUCGUCGUCUUCCUCCUCCGAUUCGUUGUCCCUCAACCAUCCGCUGCUGAUGAAGGACUCCGACAUCUGCGAAUCACUGUCGAUCUCAUCUUCGCGUCUCUCUCUCUCCUCGUCCUCUUCCUCGGGACACGAGCUCGACGAGCUGCCGAGGCUGUCUUUGGACCUUGACAAAAAACCCGGUCCCAACCCGUUCGCUCCGGCACGGAGUAUCGGGCGCAGUCCGACACAACCCAGGAUGAGACUAGCGAAGCCGCGCCCGUCGACCGAUGGUCGGAGUCCAGCAAGACGGCGCCACCAGGCGGCGGAAGAGCAGCCGGGAGAGCAGAGAGGCCUAACGGUGACGGCGGAUAGCCCGAGGCUGAAUGCAUCGGGAAAGCUCGUGUUUCAUGGGCUGGAGCGGAGCUCGAGCAGUCCAGGGAGCUUUAAUGGCGGACCCAGGAUGAAGCACCACCAUGGAAUGCCUCGGUCGUACUCGGCCAAUGUUAGAAUCACGCCGGUCCUCAACGUCCCAGUCUGUUCGCUACGUGGGUCAUCAAAGUCCGGUCUCUUCGGACAGCUUUUCUCGUCUUCUGCGUCGUCGUCUUCCUCUCCCUCCUCGUCCGUUUCGUCUUCCGUGAACAGAGGCCAGUUGCACAGCAACACCAAGAACCGUACCAAUCGACCAUGACUCGGACCGGUUAACAUUUCCGGUCGGACCGGAAUCCCAUCAAACCAAUUUGAGCAGGUAACGGCUUGGAGUUAAAUUUUAUCGUUUUUUGAGGCGUAUGGCACGGGGUUGGGGGAAUCUUUACGCUUUUGUUCUGCUGGGGCCGUUUUGGUAACUGAUUUAAGAUUUGGGGUUUGAAUGUAAAUAUUGUUAAAUCUUCCUGUCUCGGUUUGUCCGCAAGCAAUAUUAUUGUCUCUAA